AUGAUCGCCGGAUCCGCCUACAUUGUACUUUCACACUGCUGGGGCAAGAACCCGCAACAUGUCAUGCUGACAAAAUCUACUGUGGAGAUGCUCAAAGAAGGCAUCGCUCUGUCUUCUCUGCCAAAAACUUUCCAGGACGCCAUUGCAAUAACACGGAUAUUCGGCAUCCAAUAUAUCUGGAUUGAUUCUCUGUGCAUUUUUCAGGAUGACUUACACGACUGGGCAGCUGAAGCUUCUCGUAUGCGCGAUGUUUACAGCAAGGCCGAACUCUGUAUUGCAGCCACUGGCGCUGAAAAUGGAGAUGUUGGUCUUUUUCUUGAUCGCGACACCGAACAAGUCACACCCGUCAUGGUCGAGGCUACGUGGUCAAGGGAGCACUAUUUAUCACGCUGGCUAACCCCAGGUUUCUACCUGUUUGGCUUUAAUCAUGUCGAGGCUUAUGAAGCCAUCGAUGCUGCGCCUCUGAAUCAAAGGGCAUGGGUUGCUCAAGAACGUUUUCUUUCUCCACGGAUCUUGCAUUUCACACAAUCCCUGCUCUUCUGGGAGUGCCAAACAUUUCUCACACACGAAAACGAUGCAGUGUUGGAAAAUCCAAACUUUCAAGAAUUCCAGGGAAUCAACUAUUUCAGAGAGCAACUCAUUCAAGUUCAAAGGCCAAAACUCAGCGUUGGACCUAUGCAGGAUGUCACUCUUCCCAAAACUACGCCAAGAGAGCUCUACAACGCGUGGUGGGAAUUUCUGGCGGAUUACACUUCAUGCGGCAUCACUAAAGAGUCAGAUAUCUUGGUUGCGCUAGUUGGCGUAGCAGACCACGUUGGACAUGCUACGAACGAUUGCCUGGUUGCUGGUCUCUGGAAAGCAAACUUCAUCGAAGAGCUGUGUUGGCGUUCAGACGGUAAUAUCUCGAAGCCUAGCGUCUGGCGCGCACCAAGUUGGAGUUGGGCGAGCUUGUCAAGCCGUUGUGACAAUUUUGCAUACUCGAACGGCAAUAUCGAUCAUCAAAUGGCAGCAGUAGUCGAACUCUAUAUAUCGACAAAGUCUUCAGGAGAAGUAGAACAAGGCUCAGCCCUCGUGGAAUGCAGACUCGUUCCAGCCGCUGUCCAGUAUAGAGGACUGAAAGGUCACGAUAGAUACUACAACGCCUGCACCACUUUAGGCAAAAAGGUUUCGACCUCGUUCUCCGGAGAAACUUAUAUUAACAGUGAUGAGUUAAUCAGCGUCCAGCUUGACGUUGCGGAAUCGCCUUCUUGCUACGCUGAUCAAGCGGUCGACGUUCAACUGCUUGUGCUCUUGAAAAAUGGGGACGGCUCUAUGUAUUGGAUGACACUAGACGGAAUCUGCGUAGUGGGCUCCAAAAAACAGGAGGGUGCUUUUGAAAGGGUUGGGUAUUUUCAUGCGAAAGGUGCAGCCGCGAUGUUAUUGCUGGCAGCGUACCACCAAGCUCGGGUUCAAGUGAUCUCACUUGUAUAA